AUGAAUGCCCCACCCUGUGUUCCCACUGAGCGCAAACCAAUAUUAACAGUGAAGACGCUGAAAAACUGGGUGCUUCCUCCCGGCCCAAAAACGCCCAAAGAAAAGCCCAAGGACGCUAAGAAAGAGAUCAAGAAAGAGCCCAAGACCGAGCCAAAGGUGGAAAUCAAACUCGAACCUAGAGACGACAAGCCGCUGGAGCCCGCCAUGAAGCCCUCGCCACCGAAACCAACGUGUGACCCGCUGGCCGCAGAGCUCGCCGCUUCCAUCGGCAACUUAGACAAGGAGAAUUACCAGCUCAAGAUCAAGUUGCUCUCGCUCAUCCACGACUACAAAAGGCUCAAGUCCCACCUUGCGCUGGCGCCCGUGGACCCGGAAUCGCCCGCCGUGGACGUUGACAGCCCGGUGCUGGCCUCUAGAAAACGAGUUUACACCGAGGUUGAUCCCAUGAACGAACUCAUUUCCAACAUGAACCACCUCAGCCAUAGAUCGCCUUCCGACUUGAGUAUACCGGAGGAGCACGAAUUGAGCUUAUCCGAGCAAUUGCUUGAGCCGGAGGAUGCAUUGGAUUUGUUCAACUACGUGAACUUGUCCGAUUCAGAGGAUGAGGACGAGUUCGAGCUGACCCUGUUGUCCCGUCUGGUCUCCCCCGGCUGUUCCGAGACUGACGGCGAAGGACUGCUCAUGACUUCCCUUACCAGAUCCACCACGGUUUCCACCAACAAUAGUCUGGUACCUGAGAAGAAACCCAUGCUCAAGUUCUACGACUUGCCUGCUUACCUGGAUAGCGAGUAUGGUUUUUCGUUUGAGCCAAUUGACCCGCAGGACAAGAUGCUCCUGGUGAUUGAGGAGGACCACUACAAUCAGGUUGCAGACUUUUUGGAAGAGAAACUUUUGAGCAACGACGUUGAGUACUACGUUGACAAGGACGUGCGCUAG